AUUUAAACUCAGGCCCACCCUCGAGGCGCCGACCGCUCGCCCGAGUCGCGAGCUCUCUGUGGUGCGCGCGCGCUUCUCGGAGCGGCUGGUGGACGCGAGGGCGCCGAGGGCCGGGAGGGAGUCCGCGCUCCUCGUCUGCUCGGCGGCAGAGCGGCUCCCGGCGGGCGGCGGCGAUGGCGGCGGCGGAGCCCGCGAGCUCUGCCCAGCCCACGCCGCGGGCCCAGGCCCAGCCGCCGCCGCCGCCGCCUGGGGCGCCGUCUUCGCAGCCGCCCGCGGCGCUCAGCAGCCGGCACGAGAAGAGCCUGGGGCUGCUCACCACCAAGUUCGUGUCUUUGCUGCAGGAGGCGCAGGACGGCGUCCUGGACCUCAAAGCGGCUGCUGAUACUUUGGCUGUAAGGCAAAAGCGAAGAAUAUAUGAUAUCACCAACGUCUUAGAAGGAAUUGAUCUAAUUGAAAAAAAAUCAAAAAAUAGUAUCCAGUGGAAGGGUGUAGGCGCUGGCUGUAAUACUAAAGAAGUUAUAGAUAGAUUAAGAUUUCUUAAAGCUGAAAUUGAAGAUCUAGAAUUGAAGGAAAGAGAACUCGACCAGCAGAAACUGUGGCUACAACAAAGCAUCAAAAAUGUGAUGGAAGACUCCAUUAAUAACAGGUUUUCUUAUGUAACUCACGAAGACAUCUGCGAUUGCUUUAAUGGUGAUACACUGUUGGCCAUUCAGGCUCCUUCUGGUACACAGCUCGAAGUACCUAUUCCAGAAAUGGGUCAGAAUGGACAAAAGAAAUACCAGAUAAAUUUAAAGAGUCACUCAGGACCUAUCCAUGUGCUACUUAUAAACAAAGAGUCAAGUUCAUCUAAGCCGGUGGUUUUUCCUGUCCCCCCACCUGAUGACCUCACACAGUCUUCCUCCCAGUCCUCAACGUCAGGGACUCCACAGAAAUCCACCAUGGCUGCUCAGAACCUGCCCGAGCAGCAAGUUUCUGAAAGAAGCCAGAGUUUCCAGCAGAUACCAGCUACAGAAAUAUCUUCAGGGUCUAUUGGUGGAGACAUCAUUGAUGAACUGAUGUCUUCUGAUGUGUUUCCUCUCUUACGGCUUUCUCCUACCCCAGCAGAUGACUACAACUUUAAUUUAGAUGACAAUGAAGGAGUCUGUGAUUUGUUUGAUGUUCAGAUACUAAAUUAUUAGAUUCCAUGGAAACUUGGGACUGUUAUCUACCUCUAACUGUAACAUUGUAGAAUUCUUAAUAACCUAAGUAUUUAAAAUUAUGAAUGUAACACCAUUUUAGUUCAUCGAGUCUGAAAUAUUCUUCACUAACAUUUACUUCACAAAACUUGAAAGGGCUCUGCCUGUUUCAGGGGGGAUGAUUAACUGUCGACCAGCAUGCCCCACCAGUGAUUAUAUUCAAUUUCUUUCAAAGCUGAAUUCUGUUGUAACUUCUCCUAAGAGAAAAGUUAAAGCAGACUUCAGGUCACCACACCAAAACAUUGCCCAGAAGAUUUUAUUUGUCUAUAUUUUUACUGCCACAAAGUUAUAUCUAUGUGUCCUUCAGACAUUCACUGCCACAGAUAAAGUGAAGGGCGUCACUAUUGAGUGAAGAGAUUUUGUGAAGUGCCUUCUGUUUUAGCACUUUAAGCCUAUCAGUUUGCUGACUUCUGACAUUCUACUUUCCUAGAGUAUAGGAAAGAUCUGUUUAUGUAGUUUGUUUUUAAAAUGUGCCAAUGCCUGUACAUUAACAAGAUUAAAACAAAUAAAGUUGUAUAAAGCA